UAGUAUUUGCCUAACUCUGAGGGUUUGAGUUUCCAAGAAGGUUAUCACUUUUGAUCUAAAAAGUCUCAAUGAAACAAACACAUCAAAUCUAAACUACCCACAAGGCCACAACUAUAAUCAGAACUGAAGUAUAGAAGAUGAGCAUAUCUGAUCAAACUUUUGGCUCUGAGAGAUAGAUGGAGAGAGGUGACGAAUAUAUCAAUAAUGGCAGACCACAUGAGGUGGAGAUCCAAAGAUUUGAUCUGGAGCGUCAAUCAUACACAUGUCCCCAGGUAGAUGGGACACACUUUUGCCUCAAAGUUGCUGUUACUGCUACCGACAAGCUUUGCUGUUUUUUUCCUUUGUCCUUCUCAAAAACAGUUCCCUCUAACAAUAUAUAUAGCUUUAUAUUCCCUUUUAACAUCUUUAUAACACUCAGCUGCCACCAAGCCUCAUCUUCAUCUUUACCAUCAACUUCUCUAUAUCUCUCUGUCCUCUCACUACGUGAAACAACCAAAAGCUUUAACUUAGAAGAGGGUUUUAGUUAAAGAAAAGAUUACUGAGAAAAUGGAUGAGUUUGUUAACCUAAAGGCAACGGAGCUGAGGCUAGGAUUACCAGGAACAGACAAUGUGUGUGAACAAAGAGAAAGAGCUUCUUGCAAUACUAAUAUCAAUAAGAGAGCAUUAGAAGCUGAUGCUGAGAAUGAGUCUGAGUCGUCAAGGAUGAAAACAGAAACAUCCCAGCCUAGAAAGGCUCAGAUUGUAGGAUGGCCACCAGUUAGAUCUUACAGGAAGAACAUCAUUCAGACAAAGAAGAACGAAUCUGAACGUGAGAGUCAAGGAAUCUAUGUGAAAGUAAGUAUGGAUGGUGCACCAUACUUGAGGAAAAUUGAUUUGAGUUGUUGCAAAGGAUACUCAGACUUGGUCAAAGCUUUAGAGACCAUGUUCAAGAUCUCCGUGGGAGAGUAUUCUGAGAGAGAUGGAUAUAAAGGGUCAGAGUUUGUGCCUACUUAUGAAGACAAAGAUGGUGACUGGAUGCUCAUUGGAGAUGUUCCAUGGGAGAUGUUUGUAUGCAGUUGCAAGAGAUUAAGGAUCAUGAAAGGUUCAGAAGCCAAGGGUUUAGGCUCUGUUGUAUGAGACAAAACUUGAGGAAACCUAAGAGAGGCACAAGAACCUACAGAGAACAGAGUUUCUCUGCAUGUGCUCAGGUUGUCAGGGUUAUGGGUGAGAGAUAUGUUCAUCAGAUGGUAUUUAAGUCAUAGCCAAUUUUUUUUACCUCAACGGUAAAUUUCAAAUGUAGAUAAAUGGUCUUCAGCAUAUGGAAACUGAAACCUAACUACUUUUUGUUACAGAUACAAAGGCAAAAGGUUGUCCUUGGUCUGUGGUUAUGUACUACAUUUUUAAAAGGUUGUUAUGAGAUUGAAUACUUCAUCUAAUGUUUGUAACAUGGUUUGUGUUGUCAUUGAUCAAAAAUAUUUUUUCAAGCAAUUCCAAUUUUCUGUUUUGAUUCUC